AUGCCGGCGGUGGAUGUCCUGCGGCGGCACGUGACCGCCGCGGAGGCUCGACAUUUGUUCGUGGAGACUCUGGAGAGUCCCAUCCAUCCUUCGACUGUUAGAACGGUCCGUGGCUAUAAACUUCUUUUCAGCACAACGGGUUUAUGCCCACUUUGGGAGGGGGAGUGCGCGAGCCAAGCAUUUCUUGGCUCCACCACCAUCGGUGAGGCACUUACCGGCUUGAUUCAUUUAUUAGGCCCCGGGAUUCCCAGGCACCAUCGCCCCCGAUCGUCCAAUCUGCUGUCUGGAGAUCACCUUCUGGGGUAUCAGUCCGGGCAAGACAUCGCAAAUCCCAAUCUGCUGCGCUCAGAGAAUACCACAGACUGGUAUCUUGGUAUAAAGCCCAAUGCCCUAGGCCCAUGGAUUCAACCCAAGCAUGGAAACCGUCGCUACCUCACCUCUAUACCCAUGGACCAGAGAACCAGGCUGCGCAAGGCUUGUGAUGCCUGCAGUAUUCGAAAGGUGAAAUGUGAUACAAGCGGGCCGCCCUGUCGGUCGUGCGCAAGCUUGGAUAUCCCCUGUACUUAUGAGCGACCAAGCAGGCGCCGUGGUCCUCCCAACCGUCAUGCAGAAGCGCUUAAACGACAGAAGCUCACGGCAUCGCCCGGUGGCUCCCCCACCCCGUCUGAUCAUACAUCUCCAGAAUCGACAGGGCUCUUGAACAGCCAACCUUUUCCGCCACCAGCAGUUUUCUCUUUGGAGCUGAUUUGUCCGUUGUCUACUAUACGACUCCUGAUUGAUGAUUACUUCACCUACAUCCACCCGCUAAUACCCGUCCCUCAUGAACCGACCUUUCGUGCUGCCCUUGAUCGAAGAGAGGAUGUCACCAACCGUACUUUCCUGGCCCUGGCGGCUCCAUGA